AUGAAGAAGAAGAAGCCCAAAAAUUCUCCGACCAAGUCCACGUCGAAAUCGUCUUCCCCGACGAAAUCGAAGCCUGUUACUAUUGAUCUGCCAAUCAAUGAAACCAAGAUUGUUUCUGAUGCCCAAAUCGGCUCCCCCGCCGACACGGUUGCUCAACAAUUGAAAGAUUCGUUGGAUCUGGCUUCCGUUCUAAAGGAUAUCCCGACUUGUGAGAAAGUGAUCGCCGUUGAACAGGCAGAUCCAUCUCCAGCUCGCGAUGAAAUUAACUCUCCAACCCUAGAGUUGAGCGUUGUUGGUCAGAACCGCUGCUCCUCUGUCGAAGUAUCGGAUGACGCGACGGUCUCAAUAGACAAGAGUUCCUCCGAUGUGGGUGUCCAAAUUGCUGCUGCUGAUGCCAAGGUUGAUACUUUGAGCUCGCCUGCAGCUGUUGUCGACCCUCCCCCCUCCACCGGGGCUGCUGCAGCUGGUCUGAUUGAAGGCUCUCCAGUGAUUUCCGCUGCGGAGAUAGCAAUCAACUCCUCUCCAGCGCCUAAACCAAAUCAAGAUCAACAACAGGCUUGCCAUGGUAAGGCACCGGAAGAUACUUGGUGCGCUCACGCGAAAGGAAAGCGUCUUUCAAAGAAGGGUGAAGCUUUUACGCUCCCUUCGGGUGAGGCUUGUAUAAAAAUUCCCAACUCUGUGAUCGAAAAGAACAUGAAGUCUUGGGAGCCCUUUGUCUUGGGACAGUUCUACUCGGAUCCUCCAUCUCAAGGUACAAUCCAUAACAUCGUAAACGGAAUAUGGAGCAAGCAGUACAGGGAUAUAGCGGUUUCGAAAAUGGAAGGUUUCGCGUUUCUUUUCCGAAUCCCAAACGCUGCAACUAGACACAGAGUUAUUACUCAGCGUCUCUGGCAAAUUGAAGGUCAGACCAUGUUUGUUGAUAAGUGGGAACCUGGAAUUGUGCCUUCUAAACCGGAACUUACCUCAGCGCCGAUUUGGUUGGAGCUUAGAAAGGUGCCUUUCCAAUUCUUUAACGAGGAUGGAUUAGAGCGUAUCGCAGGUCUGGUGGGACAUCCGAAGUUCUUGCACCCCACCACUGCGAACAAGACUAACCUAGAAGUUGCCAAGGUAUUCACCAUUAUCGAUCCAAGGAAGCCUCUACCUGAAGCUGUGAAUGUCCAGUUUGAAUCUGGAGAGAUCAGCAGAGUCUUGGUUUCGAGCCCAUGGAUGCCGCCAGUUUGUGUGACGUGCAGGGAGGUGGGUCAUAUUGCGAAGCGUUGCCCUUCUGCAGUAAAGCUCUGCUCACUAUGUAAUUCAGAGGGUCACGUCGCAGUAAACUGUCCCAAGAAGCAGAAAAAUGAGUCUACUGGUAGGAAGACUCGGAGAGGAAGAUCGAAAGACAAGCAGGCGUGGAGGGAGGUAGAUAAAACUAAGGCUGAUAAUUCCUUGUCUUCCCAAUCUCAAGCUAGUCUCACCGUUCCUGUGCGCUCAGAGAUAGUACAGGCUGAGCUACACAAAUCUCAACUUGGAACUGCAAAGGACAAGGUUGUGGGAGAAUCGAGUAACACGCCUUUCUACCUCCUUCCGGUAAGAGCUAGAAGUCGCUCUGGAGCCUCUGGAUCAUCUCGUUCGGAUGUUCAGCCGGACUCUUCAGAUGUGGAAUCAUCAGACUCAGACUUGGAGGAAGGAGAGCUAAGUAAGCAUGAUUUGGAAUUGGGUUUUCAGGUUGUGAGGAACAAGAAGAAGUUUUCAGGUCAGAAAUUCUCAGGGCAGAAGGAUAACUACGAUUUCUCCUCUCUUGGGAAAAUUUGGCUUGUCUGGCAUCCUUCUCUAUCGGUUACUAUUAUUUCCAAGUCUCUCCAGAUGAUCACUGCUGAGGUUACUUGGCCCUAUACUACCCAGUCUAAGUUGUUCGUUUCCAUUGUCUACGCUUCAAAUGAUCCUGCAGAGCGUUGUCUUCUUUGGUCUGAGAUCUCAGCCCUCUCUGCAUCGCAUGGAAUGGACACGAAGCCAUGGUUGAUGGUCGGGGACUUCAACCAAAUAAGAGAUCCCUCGGAGCACUCCUUAAUCCCUACCCUAAACAUGGAUAAGAGAAUCAGGGACUUCAAUCUUUGUCUCCUUGAUGCUAACUUAGACGAUCUGAACUUCAGGGGCACAACGUUUACGUGGUGGAACAAGCGCAAAUCAGCGCCGCUUGCUAAGAAGCUUGACAGGACCCUGGUCAAUGAUGUUUGGUACUCACUGUUCCCAUCCUCGGUGGGUUUUGUUGGCAGUCCUGAUUUCUCGGAUCACGCGGUCAUCUCUAUCACGCUGGAUCCUGCUAGAGUAAGAGCUAAAAAGCCUUUCAUAUUCUACAAUUUCCUUACUCAAAACCCGGAGUUUCUUGUUACCAUCGGCACCAACUGGUUCUCUUUUAACGUUACUGGAUCGGCAAUGUUCAGAGUCUCAAGGAAGCUGAAGCUUUUAAAAAAUGUGAUCAGAGAAUUCAGUAAUCAGAAUUACUCGGGUAUAGAAAAAAAGACGGCUCUGGCCCAUGAGAAGCUUUGCCAAGCACAAUCUGCCAUGCUCAACAGCCCGUCAGCCGCAAAUGCUUCCUUGGAAUUUCAAGCCUUGCACGAUUGGGAGGAGCUGUCUGCUGCUGAGACAGCCUUUUUCUUCCAGAGAUCGAGCAUCAGCUGGCUCUCUUGCGGGGAUGGAAACUCCAGACUCUUUCAUCGUUAUGCAGAAUCCCGUCAGGCCAUUAAUCACAUUCAUUUCCUUAUCGACGCCUCAGGGGAGCGCAUUGAAUCUCAAGCAGGUAUUCAGGAUUUGUGUAUCAAUUACUUCUCCGGCCUUCUUGGCAGCCCAGUCUCGCAGCCGUUGUUUGUUCAAAGCGACUUAGACCUCCUUUUUGACUUCAAAUGCUCGGCCGAGCAGAUAUCAAGCUUUGGUAAACCCUUCUCUGAGGAGGAUAUAAGGAAUGCGUUCUUCUCUUUGCCUAAGAAUAAAUCUGGUGGUCCUGACGGUUACUCGGCGGAAUUCUUUACUGCAUCAUGGUCGAUCAUUGGGGCUGAAGUUACGGAAGCUAUACUGGAAUUCUUCCGAUCUGGCCGUCUCUUAAAGCAAUGGAACUCAGCAAAUCUGGUACUGAUCCCUAAGAAGCUCAACGCCUCCCUAACAACAGACUUUAGACCUAUCUCUUGCCUUAACACGGUGUAUAAAGUCAUUUCCAAGCUCCUCGCUUCUAGGCUCAAAGAGAUUCUCCCGCUGCUGGUUUCUAAAGCUCAAUCAGCUUUCCUUCCGGGGCGCCUUCUAGCGGAAAAUGUGCUACUGGCCACGGACCUGGUGAAGGGAUACAACACUCAAGCUGUCUCCCCUAGAGGCAUGCUCAAGGUGGACUUAAGGAAAGCAUUUGAUUGCGUCCGCUGGGACUUCAUCAUUGCUACUCUCCGGGCUAUUGACAUACCUGAGAGUUUUAUAUGUCUCAUCUCUGAGUGCCUAUCAACGGCGUCCUUCUCGGUUUCGGUAAAUGGAGUCACGGGUGGGUACUUUCAAAGCACUAAAGGAAUCAGACAGGGCGAUCCGCUCUCGCCAUAUCUCUUUGUUCUGGCCAUGGAGGGUCUAUCUCGGCUGCUGUUGUCGAGAUACGAAGCGGGCAUUAUAGGUUAUCACCCCAGAACGGAGCCUCUCAAGAUCUCACACCUAAUGUUCGCUGACGAUGUGAUGGUCUUUUUUGACGGAACGAGUAACAGCUUACAUGGUAUCACCGAAUGCCUCGAUGAUUUCGCUUCCUGGUCUGGUCUUCACAUGAACAAUACCAAGACCGAACUUUUCACGGCAGGGUUGGACCAAUCUGAAUCCGCGGCAAUAGCAAGCUACGGAUUCACUUGUGGUCAAUUCCCUAUCAGAUACCUUGGACUCCCGCUCAUGAGCAGAAAGCUGAAAAUUUCAGAGUACUCUCCUUUGAUGAUCAAGAUCUCCUCCCGGUUACAGUCUUGGUCGGCAAAACUCUUGUCUUUUGCUGGGCGUUUGCAGCUUCUCAGGACCGUCAUCUUCGGCAUAGUCACUUUCUGGAUCUCAGCUUUCAUUCUCCCUAAAGGUUGCAUAAAGAGUAUCGAAGCCCUCUGUUCCAGAUUCCUUUGGUCAGGAAGUAUAGACAAGAGAGGGCUGGCUAAAAUUGCCUGGCGAACGGUUUGUUUGCCUAAAGAGGAAGGAGGUCUUGGCCUUAGGAGUCUCUUAGUCUGGAACCAGGUCCUGUGCCUCAAGUUUAUCUGGUUAUUAUUAUCGUCAACUUCAUCGCUUUGGGCGGAUUGGCACAGGAGCAUACAUUUGAAUAAUAAAUCUCUUUGGACCGUAGAAGCUUCUGCAACUGACUCCUGGGCCUGGAGGAAGCUCCUGGACCUCAGACCGCUGGCGCUUCAGUUUUGUAAAACUAGGCUCGGAAAUGGGAAGUCCGCUAGUUUCUGGUUUGACGCUUGGUCUCCUCUGGGACAGCUGAUCGAACAUAUAGGCCUGACUGGUCCACGAGCGCUGAGAAUAAGAAAGAAUUCGGUGGUGGCGGAUGCGAUAAAUGGUUCCACUUGGCGUCUCCCCCACCCAAGAUCUCAAAAGGAAGUUGAACUUCAUACCUACCUCACUACUGUUAAUUUGCCUUUAUCUAUGAAUGUGAAUGAUGAGUAUGAAUGGAUUGCUGGUGACUCUCCUUUGCGUGUUUUCAGGUCCGCCACCACUUCGGAGGUGCUGAGACCGCGAGAGGAGGUCAAGGACUGGGUGGACGUGAUCUGGUUCAAAGGAUGCAUCCCGAAACAGGCGUUCACUAUGUGGGUUGCCAAUUACGAUAGGCUGCCAACGAGGUCUAGACUGGCGGCUUGGGGAAUCCCUAUCUCGCCUCUAUGUCCGCUGUGCUCUGUUUUUGAUGAAACUCGUGACCAUCUCAUGCUAUCCUGUGACUACAGCAGGGAAGUCUGGCGAGAGGUCGUCCAUAGAUGUCAACCUCCGGCUGCAAUGUUUACAACCUGGGCUGAACUACUCUCUUGGAUCCGAUCUGCACAAUCAAAGAAGCUAACACUACUGAGGAAAUUGGCAGUGCAGACUGUCAUUUUUCAUCUGUGGAAGCAAAGGAACAAUUUGGUGCAUAAUCAAUCAAGUAUACCGACUUCUAAAGUGUUCUACGGUAUUGACAAAGAGAUUAGAAACAUCAUUUCAGCGAGGAGAGUUCGAAAGAGCUACAAGGCCCUCAUGGUGAUGUGGUUGAGAUAG